AUGCCCGUUGUCAUUGAUAUAUCACAUCGAAAUUCUUCAUCUGCAUCUGGUCUCGGACGAAAGGAAUCUCUUCCGGGCGAUCUAUGCAAUGUUCCUUGGAGAUCUGUCGAUAAUGCUGACAUAAGGCUUGGCGAGUCUAACUCUUCACCGUCUCCCUUCCUUUAUUCUGCGACUCGAUCACAAGAUCUGCUCCUGGAGAAAACUACUAUCUUGCAGAUGCGUGGUGAAGCGGAAGAUACAAUGAGACCAGCCCCCGUUUCGCAUCUUUAUCGUUCUGAGAACGAAUACAAUCACCCAAGAAACCGGCCUCUUCGUUGGGAACCAGCAGGACUCAAUCAUUUGCUCGGAGGCUCAGACGCUAACGUUGGGCAGGCGAUCACCGAAGGUACACUUGAACACGAUCAACGCAAUAAUACCGGUGUUCCCAUGGAUAUCGAUACUGCUCCGGAAAUCACGGUUGUCAAUCAUCAGACGCCUUGUUUCACUAAUGAUCGUCCUCCGGAUUUAGCAUCUUGGAACGGCUUUCCAAUCUCCAUGUAUAUCCCAGCGGUCACCAGCGGUCAUCCACCGUUACCACUGACGGAGACUCAGCUUCGCACUAGCGACGGAAUUGAGAGCAUCAGUUGGAAUCCCAGCAACGUUUCUAGUUGGUUCGAAGAGGCCGACCAUGGUGACAACGAGGGUCCUCCUAACAACUUUGCCAACAAUGUCAGUUCAUCAAUGACGAGAGACAUGAUUACCCCGGGGGAAGUGAUCGACCGAGUUAUACGGUCAUUAGUUCAGAGGGAGUCGCCUCAGCAUAACAAGCAGUCAGGUGGUGAACCAGAAGUCGAUUCCAUAUUACGGGAAUGGUCUGGGCCCACUUCGGUGUGGUAUUCAUGA